GGCGCGUCGGACGCACGUCCCGCGUUUCGUUUAUCGAAUCAGUAAAAAUUCGCUCUUCGGGUACCAGCACUAUUCUCGUAGCUGUGACUGAAAAUGUAUAUUUAGACAAUUUAUUUGUGAAGGAUAAAUUAAUACCGAGUGUGACAGUGUAGAUCCGAUUUUUUUUAGUGUUCAGUGAUGUGAAUGUGGUGAAGAUUUUUUUAUGUGAUUUACUGCGACUUUUGCGAGACAGAGAUAAAAGGAUUCAUCUGAAGGACAAGGAUUUUGAAAACCAAAGAUUCUAUGAACUGCACUUGAUUUUGGAUGUGAAGCGGAAAGACCUGCGAUGACCUAAGAUCGAAUAGAACUUUUAACAAAAUGAAGAACUAAGAAAAAUCGAAGAUGCGUAAUGAAAUUCUGCUUCAAAACUUCAACGAAGAGGCGGUGAAGAAGAAAAUGAUUACUAAACCUAAAAGUAUUAUUUUCAAAAGUUUAUAAAGUACUUGUAAUAAUGUGCGAAGAUACCGAGUCACUGAAAUACACUGCGUGUAAGGUUGGCGGCCGGAUUGUCAGUGAAACGGAGAUAAAACGAGCCAGAUAAAGGCCACCCCAUAUGGAUCGCGAAAAUUUCACCCACCACGCGGCAGUGAACGCGACUGUCAACGUGACCACCAACGGCACAGUCGCGGAGACGGACGACGAUGACUUGACGCAGAGCAUAUUCUUCAAGCUGAGGAUCACGGUGUUGCUGCUCAUCGUCAUCAUGGCGGUGCUAGGCAAUAUGCUGGUCAUAGUCAGUGUUAUGAGGCACAGGAAACUCCGCGUAAUCACCAACUACUUCGUCGUCUCCCUCGCGUUUGCCGAUAUCCUAGUGGCCAUGGUGGUAAUGCCGUUCAACUUCAGCGUCCAAUUCUACAACAGCUGGCUCUUUGGACCAACAAUAUGUGACCUCUGGAACUCCUCCGAUGUGUACUUCACUUCCACAUCGAUUCUACAUCUGUGUUGCAUAUCGGUGGAUAGGUACUACGCUAUUGUGAAGCCCUUGAAGUAUCCUAUUAAGAUGACGAAGAAGAUGGCAUUCAUAAUGUUAGCAGCAACAUGGUUAAGUCCAAUCACGAUAUCCUACGUCCCAAUAUUCAUGGGCUGGUACACCACCAGCGACCAUCUAAAAGUCCAAAAAGCCGACGAGUGCGAAUUCAUUGUCAACAAGCCAUACGCUGUCAUAUCCAGCUCAAUAUCUUUCUGGAUUCCUUGUACCAUAAUGCUGUUCACAUACUACGCUAUAUUCCGAGAAGCCAAUCGACAAGAGAAAAAUUUACACGCCAGAGCUGGCAAUGCUAUGCUUAUGCAUAGACAUUCUCGAGAAGUGGGCGACAAAAAUGGCGCCUUACACAUAAACGCCACCACUCCAACGAAGGAUAGGAAUAUACUCAAAAUGAAGAGAGAACACAAGGCAGCGAGGACUUUAGGCAUUAUCAUGGGAGCCUUCAUCCUCUGCUGGUUGCCUUUCUUCCUAUUCUACGUGUCAACAUCAUUGUGUGACUCGUGCCGGUGUCCCGAAGUCGUCACAGUGAUCAUGUUCUGGACUGGUUACUUCAACUCAGCGUUGAACCCAAUCAUUUACGCGUAUUUCAAUAGAGACUUCCGUAAUGCGUUCAAGAACACUUUAGCUUGUGCGUUCUGCAGUUUUUGUAGGAGAAGUGCUUCGGACCUUGAUGCUCUAGAGCGGUUAGAUAGGAGAGGUUCGGCGAACCUGAGGGUGCCAGUACCUUCUAGGAGAACAUCAGACCUAGCAUCGCUUUGAAUAUCGCCAAAGUGUGAGGUGACCACGGUUUGAGAGGCCUAGUGUAGUCUCAACGAAAUAUUUAAGGACAUACGUGUACUUAUUCCCAAAGUUGAUGUGAUUUAUUUAGAAUCGUCGAUGUAUAAAUAAUUUUGUAUAGAAAAAUAUACGUACAUACGUGUCGUGUUAGGUAUGAAUUUGUAAAUUUUGAGAAAAUU